AUGCCGAAAACCGGUGACAAAAAGAACCUUUCAACACAUUUCCUGGCUGGUGGUGGUGCGGGAUUAUGUGAAGCACUAUGCUGCCAUCCUUUAGAUACUAUAAAAGUGAGAAUGCAGUUGAGUAAGAAGAGUCAUAGACCAGGCUUUUUUACCGUUGCUGUUAAUAUUAUAAGAAAAGAAUCAUGGUUCGCCUUGUAUAAAGGGUUAGGCGCUGUAGUAACAGGAAUUGUGCCGAAGAUGGCUAUUCGUUUCUCAAGUUUUGAGGCUUAUAAAGAAUUUUUGGCAAAUAAAGAUACUGGCAAAGUUUCAACCGCUGCUACAUUUUUUGCCGGUCUUGGCGCAGGUACUACGGAAGCCGUACUCGUUGUGACUCCCAUGGAUGUCAUAAAGAUUCGUCUACAAGCUCAACGUCAUUCAAUGACUGAUCCUUUGGAUAUUCCGAAGUAUCGAAAUGCUGCUCAUGCAGCUUAUACUAUAAUAAAAGAAGAAGGUAUUCAAGCAAUGUAUAAGGGUGUCGCUUUGACUGCGCUUCGACAAGCCACAAACCAAGCUGUCAAUUUCACUGUUUAUCAGGAAAUGAAAAAACAAAUGAAAAAAUUACAAGAAACAAAGGAUGGUCAAGAAUUACCAACAUAUCAACAUUUGUUGAUGGGUGGUUUAAGUGGUGCUAUGGGUCCUAUUGCAAAUGCUCCCAUUGACACCAUUAAGACUCGUAUUCAGCGCUCAAGUAGCACUGAAAGAGGUUGGUCUAGAUUCAAAUCAGUAACUUUAACUCUUAUAAAAAACGAAGGUUAUAUGGCCUUGUAUAAAGGUCUUUUCCCUCGUUUGAUGCGUGUAGGUGUUGGUCAAGCUGUUACUUUUGCCUCUUAUGAACGAAUCAAAAUUUAUUUAGAAAUAAUUUACCAAAAAGGGUUCUUCGCUGCUCUCGAAGAAUCCUUUUAA